AUGUACCAGCAGCCCUUUGGCUACUACGCGCCGCCUCAGGCCUCCUAUCCGGUCCAGUACCCGUCGCCUGUCCAGUAUCCGGCACCGGUCCAGUACCCUGGUCCGACCAUGCCUUACGCGCAGCCCGCCGCGCCCCAGGCCUACGUGGCCUACCCCGUUCCCUACAACGACGCAGCGGCAGGCCAAGCUAUCGUUCCCGCUCCCGAUUUCUCGCUCUGCGAUGAGAGGGGUCACAAGCCGUGCAAGGUGUUUCAACUGCAGCAGAACUUUGGAAGCCCGACUGGCAACAUGACUGUAAAGGACGAGUCUGGGCGUGUUGUGUGCCGUUUCAAGGGCAAAUGGAUCUCCGUCCUCGACUGCUUGGUCAUCAAGGACCCCUCCAGAAGAACCAUCGGCAAGGUCUCAGAGAAGCUGACAACCAAGAAGCUCAUCAACAAGCCACGCUACACCGUGGAAGCAGGCGGUCUCAAGGCCUCGAUGACCAAGGACAUCUUCACCCUGCUCAGGGACAACUUCACCAUCCGCCUGCGCCACCCCAAUGGCCGCAAGGAAGAAAUCCAGGUCAAGAGCAACUGGUUCUCGUGGGAGUUCAAGUUCUUCCUCAACAACACCCUCAUCGCCGCCGUCUCCAAGCGAUUUGUCCACCUCACCGACACCUACGGCGUCGCCCUCUACGAGAACAAUCCCCUGGACGCGGCCUUGAUUCUGGGCUGUGCUGUGGUGAUCGAUCGCGUGUGCUUCGGCGAGCUCACCCUCAAGGGGUUCAUCAACUCGGCCUCCCACCUGCCCCAGAACCCCUUCUCGCGCUUCCCCGUCUCCCACGCCGGCUGGUAG